AUGGUGCAAACACCUAGACAAAAAAAGUUUGGCAACGAGCCGAUUGCCAUUAUUGGAAGUGCGUGCCGGUUUCCGGGCGCCGCUAGCACACCUUCCAAGCUCUGGGAACUGCUCCGCAAACCCAAGGAUCUGCUGACCAAGAUCCCUCCGAACCGCUUCAACGCGGACUCGUUUUACCACCCCGACGGGGCUCACCAUGGCGCCAGCAACGUGACCGAGAGCUACUUCCUCGAAGAAGACCCGCGGCUCUUUGACGCCGCCUUCUUCAACGUGAAGCCGGUCGAGGCGCACUCGAUCGACCCGCAGCACCGGAUGCUGCUCGAGGUCGUGUACGAGUCCCUCGAGGCGGCCGGCCAGUCUAUCGAAGGGCUGGCCAAGUCCCAGACCGGCGUUUUCGUCGGCCUCAUGUGCGCCGACUUCAGCGACCACAUCCUCCGCGACCUGGACGCGAUCCCGACUUACAUGGCCACGGGAACGGCCAGGAGCCUCAUCUCGAACCGCAUCUCGUACUUCUUUGACUGGCACGGCCCCUCCAUGACGAUCGAUACGGCCUGCUCGUCCAGCCUGUUUGCCGUCCACCAGGCGGUCCAGCUUCUGCGCAGCGGCGAUUCGGACCUGGCAGUCGCGGCCGGCUCGAACCUGAUCCUCGGACCCGAGCUCUACAUCGGAGAGUCCAAGCUGAAGAUGCUCUCGCCGACCGGCCGAUCCCGGAUGUGGGACGCCGAUGCGGACGGCUACGCGCGCGGGGAGGGCGUUGCCGCCGUCAUCUUGAAGCGCCUGAGCGAUGCGAUCAGGGACGGGGACCACAUCGAGUCCAUCAUCCGCGAGUCCGGCAUCAACUCGGACGGCCGAACCAAGGGACUCACCAUGCCUAACGAGCUGGCACAAGCCGACCUGAUCGUCAGGACGUAUCAAAAGGCUGGGCUGGACCCUACCAAGGAAGAAGAGCGGUGCCAGUACUUUGAGGCCCACGGCACCGGCACCGAAGCUGGCGAUUGUCGCGAGGCCGAAGGCAUCAGCCGUGCUUUCUUUGGAUACCAGGGAGGGAAUGAGGGCCCAGCUCCGCCGAGCCAGUCGGAGAAGCUCUACGUCGGGUCGAUCAAGACGGUGGUCGGCCACACAGAAGGCACCGCCGGCCUGGCCGGGCUGCUCAAGGCGUCCCUGGCGAUCCAGCACUCGACGAUCCCGCCCAACAUGCUUUUUGAACGGCUGAGUCCCAAAGUGGCGCCGUUCUACAAGGGCGUCGAGAUUGCUACCGAGGCCAAGCCGUGGCCGAAGGCGAGCGAUGUUCGCCGAGCAAGUGUCAACAGCUUCGGUUUCGGAGGCGCCAAUGCCCAUGUCAUCCUUGAGAACUACGAGCCACCUGCCGUUGCGGCGGCUGGGACCGGGGCCGGGGCCGGGGACGCCGCGUCCCAGACUUCGUUUACCCCGUUUGUGUUCUCGGCGGCGUCCGAGACGGCCCUGGAGGGUGUAUUGGAGGCGUACGCCGCUCAUCUCCGAGAGAAUCCGGAUCUGCCGCUCCGGGACCUCUCAUAUACGCUUCACUCGAGACGGUCGGCCCUCGGCGUCAGGGCGGCACUCCCGGCCGUGGCGUCGACCCAGCAGCUUGCCAACAGCAUCAGCGACCAUCUCGAGCUCGCCCGGGCCGGUCGCAACGACAAGAGCGCUGGGCAAGGCGCCAGCAUAGGCAGCCGGCCCAUCGCGGCAACCCCUCGUCUGCUCGGCGUCUUCACCGGCCAAGGCGCGCAAUGGGCCGCGAUGGGAAAGGAGCUGAUCCAGGGCUCCGCCUUUGUGCGCGACCGGAUCAAGUCUCUGGAGAGCGCACUGUCCGACCUUCCGGCCUCCGCCCGAGCGUCGUGGUCGCUGACCGACGAGCUGUUGGCGGACGCGGCCUCGUCCCGCCUCGGGGAAGCACUCCUCGCCCAGCCCCUGUGCACGGCCGUCCAGAUCGUGCUGGUCGACCUCCUCCGGGAGGCGGGCAUCGAGUUUGCCGCCGUCGUAGGCCAUUCGUCCGGCGAGAUCGCCGCGGCUUAUGCGGCUCGGAUCAUCAGCGCCGAGGAGGCCAUCAAGAUUGCCUACUACCGCGGCCUGUGCGUCGAGGAACACGUCAAGACCGAGGGUGCCAUGAUGGCAGUCGGUACCUCGUACGAGGACGCCACCGAGCUGUGCAACCUCGACGCAUUUUCCGGCCGGCUCGGCAUCGCCGCGUGUAACUCCCCGUCCAGCGUCACGCUGUCGGGCGACGCCGCCGCCAUCCGGGAGGCCAAGGACAUUCUAGACGACGAGAAGAAGUUCGCCCGGCCCCUCAAGGUGAACAAGGCGUACCAUUCGCACCACAUGGCGGCCUGCUCCGCGCCGUACAAGCAGGCACUGGAAGCGUGCAACAUCGAGCCCCGACAGUUGGCCGAGGAAGAAGGAGGAUGCGUCUGGUACUCGAGCGUGUAUCCGGGCACCGCCAUGGGAACGACGGCGGCACAUAUCGAGGAUCUCAAGGGCGAGUACUGGAAGGACAACAUGCUGCGGCCGGUGCUCUUUGCCCAGGCGCUCGAGACGGCGAUCGAGCGAAACGAGGAUUCCCCUUUUAACCUGGUCAUCGAGGUCGGACCCCAUCCGGCGCUGAAAGGCCCGGCCUCCGAGACCCUGACGGCCUUGUACGGCAAGAAGCAGCUUCCGCUGCCGCCCUACACCGGAACUCUCUCCCGCGGGUCGGGCGACAUUGCCGCCCUGUCCGUCACCCUCGGGACCGCGUGGAGCCGCUUCGGCAGUCCAUUUGUCAACUUUGCUCAGUACGAGGCCCUGCUCACGGGCGAGCCCCGGUCGGCGAGGAAGGUAGUCCCCAACCUCCCGACGUAUAAGUGGGACCACGACAAGGUGUUCUGGCACGACACGCGUCUCUCGCGGGCCAUGCGCAACCGCAAGGAGCUGCCGAACCCGCUUCUGGGGCGCAGGAUCCCCGACGGCGUCACGGACGAGAUGCGCUGGCGCAACAUCAUCCGCCCGAGCGAGCUCCCCUGGAUCAGCGGCCACCAGCUGCAGGGCCAGAUGGUGUACCCGGCCGCCGCCUAUCUCUCGACGGCGAUCGAGGCGUGCGCGUUCCUCGCCGAGGGCAGCGUCGUCGAGUCGGUCGAGAUCCGCGACUUUGACCUGGGCAAGGCGCUGGUGUUCGACGGCAACACGGAGCAGACGGGUGUCGAGACCCUCUUUUCCCUCUCCAACAUUGUCAAGAAGGGGCCGAAGCAGAUCACCGCCAACUUUGCCUUCCACGCCGCCCUGGGCGCCGACGCCGACGUGCUCUCGCGCCUGGGCAGCGGCCGCGUCAUCGUCACCCUGGCCGGGACCGGGACCGGGGCCGGGACCGGUCGUCUGCUUCUUCCUCCCCAGCGGGCGCCGGAGCCGGCGGACACGGCCGAGGUGCGCGAGGACGAGUUCUACGCCUCGCUGGAGAAGCUUGGCUACGAAUAUACUAACGAUUUCCGCGCCCUGUCGGGCAUGAGGCGGAAGCUAGACCACGGCUCGGCGUACGUGCGCGUCCCCGGCCACGAGCUCGCCGCGGAUGCCGUCCUGGUCCACCCGGCCCUGCUAGACUGCGCCCUGCAGGCCAUCUUCCUGGCGUACUGGUAUCCCAACGACGGGAGCCUCGACCAGCUGCAGGUACCGACGGGGAUCGCCAGCCUGACCGUCAACACGUCGCUGUGCAGACAAGACCUGGCCGAAGGGGUCCGGCUUCCGCUCGAGUCCUUCCUGACCGAGGACCCGCUCAGCACGGCCACCAUCGGCGGAGACGUCGAGGUGUACGGCCGGGACGGGCGGACGCCCCUGAUCCAGGUGCAGGGGGUCCGGAUCACCCCGCUGGCCACGCGCACCGGCCAGGCGGAUCGGCAGCUCUUCAUGGAGAACGUAUGGGGGCCGGGCGCGCCGGACGGCACCCUGGCGGCCGACAACCGGGCCGGCGCGGCCGACUUCGAGCUGGCCUCGGAUCUCGAGAGGCUCACCAUCUACUUCAUGAGGAAGCUGGUGCGCGACAUCCCGCCGAGCCAGCGCCAGGGCCUGGAAUGGCACCACGAGGCGCUGUUUGACUUUGUCGAGCACGUCCUCGAGCAGACGGCCAACGGGCGGCAGCGGUUCUGCAAGCCGGAAUGGCUCGACGACACGUGGGAGAGCAUCUCGCACAUCCGGGCAAAGCACCCCGACAGCAUCGAGGUCGAGCUGACCCACGCGGUCGGCGAGAACCUGGCGGCCGCGGUCCGGGGCGAGACCCAGAUCCUGCAGCACAUGUUCAAAGACAACCUCCUGAACCGCUACUACGUCGAGGCGCUGGGCAUCCGCGAGACGACGGCGUUCCUGGCCCGGACCGUGGCCCAGAUCGUCCAUCGCUACCCGCACAUGGACAUACUCGAGAUCGGCGCCGGCACGGGCGGUGCCACGAAGGCCAUCUUCCGCGAGAUCGGCCGGACCUUCUCGUCCUACACGUACACCGACAUCUCGACCGGCUUCUUCGAGAAGGCGCAGGAGGUCUUCGCCGCCACGGCCGACAAGAUGAUCUUCCGCGCCCUCGACAUCGAGAAGGACGUGGUCGAGCAGGGAUACCGGGAGGGCGCGUACGACCUCAUCAUCGGCUCCCUGGUCCUGCACGCCACCAAGAGCCUGGACAAGACGAUGCGGGCGACCCGGCGGCUGCUCAAGCCGGGCGGCUACCUCGUCCUCCUCGAGCUCACCAACCUUGACGUCCUCCGGACCGGCUUCGCCAUGAGCGGCCUGCCCGGCUGGUGGCUCGGACGCGACGACGGGCGGCGGUACUCGCCGUGCGCCACCUCGGCGAGGUGGCACCAGGUCCUGCUGGGCGCCGGCUUCUCCGGCAUCGACACCAUCACGCCCGAGGUCGACGUGCUCCCGAGGCCCUUCUCCGUCAUCGUCUCCCAGGCGGUCGAGCCGCGCGUGAACCUGCUCCGGGAGCCGCUCUCGCACCCGGCCGAGUCCAACGCGUCCGCGGCCGACGGCGGAGAGCUCGUCAUCGUCGGCGGGCAGAGCCUGGCGACCGUCAUCCUGAUCGACAGCGUGCUCGACCUCACGAGGCACUUCGGCUUCGCCGUCACGCGGCUGUCGUCGCUCGACGAGUUCGACGCCGCCGCCGUCUCGCCCACCGCGCUCGUCCUCAACCUCGCCGAGCUCGACCAGCCCGUCUUCUCCAACCUCACCGGCGAGACCAUGCGGGGCCUGCAGAGCAUGCUGGACUACCAGCGCACCAUCCUGUGGGUCACGCAGGGUUGCCGCGCCGAGCAGCCCUACAUGAGCAUGAGCGUGGGCCUGGGUCGCACGGUCGCCCUCGAGGCCCCCGGCGUCAAGCUCCAGUUCCUCGACCUCGACAUCUCGCGGAAGCCUAACUCGAAGCUGGUGGCCGAGGCGCUCAUCCGCCUGCGCUUCACCCGCGACGAGGGAUCGACGAGGGGGAUAUUGUACUCGACCGAACAGGAGCUCGUCGAGGAUGACGGCCGGAUCCUCGUGCCGCGCCUGCUCCCCAUCCGACCGGCCAACGAGCGGUACAACUCGUCCAAGCGGAAGAUCACCAAGCUUACCGAGGUCGGCGCCGAAAGCCCCGCGCUCGUCCUGGCGUCGACCGAUGCCGGAUACGCGGUCUACGAGGGCGCGUCCGACGACGCCAGAGCCGGAGCCUCUGACGACACGGCCAUCAUCCGCGUCACGGCGUCGACCUUGCUCCCCGUGAUCGGGAACCUGUAUGGCGUGCUCGGACAGGAGAAGGACUCGGGGUCCUGGGUCUUGGGGCUGUCGAGUACUAACGGCUCCCACGUCGCCGUCCCACGGGGCCAAGUCAGGCUCGUGGGGGAUGCUAUAUUAAAGGAAGAAGCGCAGCAGCAGCAGAGGCUCCUCCUCCUCGCCUUGCUCGCCGUCGAAGCGCAGUCCAGCCAGAUCCUCUCUGCCGUGCCACGAGACAGCAAGCUCCUUGUCAACGAGCCUCCGGCGGGCUUAGCGGGCUCCCUCGUGCGGCGAGCUGCCGAACGCGGCACGACGGUGGUCUUCACGGCCUCGACGACCGACGCUGCCGACCUGGGCCUUCCCCAUGGCCAUCCCGUCGUGAGCCUAUCGCCGCUGAGCUCCAAGAGAGCCGUUCGCGCCGCCCUUCCUGCCGACGUCGCCCUGUUCCUCGACUGUUCCGCCGAGCCCGAGGGCGUCGGACUCGGGUCCCUAAUCGCGGCCUGCGUGCCUCCGUCUGGCCAGUCUAUCAAACUGGCAGAGCUUGGGGAGAAGCUACGGCAGCAGCCCACACUGGUCGACGCUCCGCCCUCCGACACCGAGCUCGCCUCGUUGCCGACGUUGGUGGACUGGAGCUCCGGCGACAAGGUCCCCGUCAGCCUGCAGUCGGUGGACAGCUUGAUCCGCUUCGAUGGCGCCAAGACCUAUGUCCUGUUCGGCCUGACCAGCGACCUGGGCCGCUCGCUGGUCGACUGGAUGGCGUCCCACGGCGCAAGGAACGUCGUCAUGACGAGUCGCCGUCCUAAUAUCGACCCCAAGUGGCUAGAGGAACGCCGGGCACGGGGCAUCAGGAUCCAGGCGUUUGCAAAUGACAUCACCGACCCGGCCGCCGUCGAAGAUCUGGUCAACAGCAUCCGCCGGUCCUUCCCCCCCAUCGCGGGUAUAAUGCACGGCGCAAUGGUGCUCGAGGAUGUCCCGUUCUCCGAGAUGUCGCUCGAGAUCAUGAACAAGGUGGUACGACCCAAAGUCAUGGGCACCAUUCACCUAGACCGCCUCUUCCAGGACGAGCAGCUCGACUUCUUCGUCUUCUUCUCCUCGCUCGCCUCGGCUUCCGGAAACCGCGGCCAGUCCAACUACAGCGCGGCCAACAUGUACAUGACGGCCAAGACGUUUGAGCGCCGGCGCAAGGGCCUGGCAGCUUCCGUCCUGCACCUCGGAGCCGUCAUGGGCAUAGGAUACGUCAUGCGCGAGGCCAGCGAGAUCGUCUUCCCGGCCAUCCGCCGGGCGGGAUUCCAGUGGAUGGACGAGCGGGCGUUCCGCCAGUGCGUCGCCGAGGCCAUCCUCGCCGGCCGCCCGGACUCGGGCCGCAGCCCCGAGAUCGUGACCGGCCUGCGGGUCAUCAACGUGGACGAGGAAGAGCCGGCGCCGUGGAUGGACAACCCGCGCUUCCAGCACUGCAUCGUCCGCGGCGGCACCGACUCGGGCGCCAAGAAGAACCAGGGAGGGGCGGCGGCCGGCGUCAAGACGAGGCUGCUCGAGGCCGCGACGCCCGAGGAGGUGCUCGACAUCAUCCGCGAUUCCUUCCUGCAGAAGCUCCAGAUCAUGCUGCAGACCGAGCUGCAGACGGACGACGAGCGGGCCAACAUCCUGGCCGCCAACGCCGAGGACACGGGCAUCGACUCGCUGGUCGCCGUCGAGAUCCGCUCCUGGUUCCAGAAGGAGAUGGACGUCGACGUGCCCGUCCUCAAGAUCCUGGGCGGCGCCACCAUGGCCGACCUCGUCGCGUUUGCCCACGAGAAGCUGCCCGAGGGGCUGACGCCCAACCUCGGGAACGAGUCCGCCGCCGCCGCCGCAGCAGCAGCAGCAGAGCGGAGCCAGUCGAGAGUCGAGAUCACCCCUGCGCCCGACGCGGUGGACACGUCCCGUACCUCCACCACCGUCUUCUCGGCGCCGCCGACGCUGGACCCGGCGAGCAGCAGCACCGGCUCCGAUCACCCGACGUCCGUCACCAGCAGCGGCCACACCACUCCGGCUCACGAGCUCGAGACCGGACUCUCUCCCCCCAGUGCUCCCCCCUGUGCUCCGCGGGAACAGGACGUGGAGAGGACGGCGCCGAUGUCGCUGGGCCAGUCUCGGUUCUGGUUUCUGAGGAGCUACAUCGAGGACCAGACGACGUUCAACAUCUCCUUCUCGGUGAGGUUGAAGGGGCCGCUACAGGUGGACAAGCUGGAGUCGGCCAUCCAGACGCUCGGCCACCGGCACCAGGCCCUCCGGACGGCCUUUGUUGCUCGGCCGGGCCAGCUGCUUCCGGACCAGGCCGUCCUCAAGAGGUCUCUCCUCCGGCUCGAAAAGAGGCAGAUCAAGGAGGCGGCCGAGGCGUCGGAGGCAUUCGAGGCCAUGAAGAACUACGUCUUCGCCAUCGAACGCGGCGAGUCGAUGCGCCUGGUGCUCCUCUCCCUGAGCCCGUCGGACCACUUCCUCGUGGUCGGCUACCACCACAUCAACAUGGACGGCGCCAGCCUCGAGGUCUUCAUGGCCGACCUGAUGAAGCUGUACACGGGCAGGCCGCUGGCGCCCCGGCCUUUCCAAUACCCCGACUUCGCCGCGCAGCAGCAGCUCGAGGUGCAGCAGGGCAAGAUGGACCGCGACAUCGCCUGGUGGCAGGACCAGCUGGCCGGCGCCGCCCUCUUCCGCCUGCUCGGCACGGGCGACCUGUGCAUCGGCAUGGCCGACGCCAACCGCUUCGAGGGCGACCUCGCGUCCAGCGUCGGCAUGUACCUCAACCUCCUCCCCCUGCGCUUCCGCCCGUCCGGAGACCGGACCUUCCGGGACACGCUCAAGGACGUGCGCCGGACCGCCUACGCCGCCAUGGCGCACUCGCACGUCCCCUUCGACCUCGUGCUCAACAACCUCAAGAUCCAGCGGUCCACCCUGCACAGCCCCUUGUUCCAGGCCUUCAUCAACUACCGCGCCGGCGUGGCCGAGAAGCGGUCGCUCGGCGCCGUCGAGGGCGAGGGCGAGCAGUACCACUUCGGCCGGUCCGCCUACGACAUCAGCCUCGACAUCAUGGAGAACCCGAACAGCGACCCCCGCCUCAUGUUCCUCGUCCAGGAGCAGCUCUACUCGGAACACGAGGCCAACAUCUUGGCCGAUACCUACAUGCAUCUCCUCGACCUCUUUGCGCGCAAACCGGACUCCACGCUCGGUUCGGCGCCCGCAUUCGCGCCCGAGACCGCCGAGGAGGCCAUUAGGCUCGGUCGAGGCAACCCCGUCGUCUCUGACUGGCCGCAAACCAUCGUCCAUCGGGUGGAUGAUAUCAUCCAGCGCAAUCCAGACACCAUCGCCGUGAGGGAGGCGCUCGGCGGACGGGUGUGGAACUACAGGCAACUUCGCGACCGCGUCGGUGCCAUCGCGAGGGCGCUGCUCGCGGCCGGCGUCACCGGGGGAUCCCGCGUCGCCCUAUUCCAGGAGCCGGGCUUCGACUGGGUCAGCUCCCUGCUGGCCGUCAUGCGCGUCGGCGCCGUCUUCGUCCCCAUCGACCCCGGCACCCCCGUCGAGCGGCUAGCGGUCAUCGCCGCGGCUGCGCGGCCGGCCGUUGCCCUCUCGCACGACGCCACCGAAUCCGCCCAGGAGGCCGCUCUCGCCGUCAUCCGGGACGCGGGGGGUGCUCGGGUCGUCAACGUCUCUCGGGGAGAAGGCGAAGGCGAAGGCGACGUGGCGGGCGCGGGCGCGCCGGCCAACCUUGCGCAGCCGGACGAGGCCGCCGUCAUCUUCUUCACGAGCGGCACGACGGGCGUUCCAAAGGGCGCCAUCGUUCCGCACCGGGGCAUCACCAACUUCAUGGAGCAUACGUGCGACAUUCGGGGGCCCGAGGUCGUGCUCUUCCACAGCGCCCUGGGCUUCGACCUCGCCAUGUGGCAGUGCUUCAGCGGCCUGGCCCACGGCGGCACUCUGGUGGUCGCGCCCCGGUCCAUGCGCGGAGACCCCGUCGCCAUCACGGGGCUCAUGGCCAAGGAGAAGAUCACCUGCACGGGCGCCACGCCGUCCGAGUAUCACACCUGGAUCCAGUACGGCUUCUCCAAGCUCGCCCAGUCCACCUCCUGGAGGAUCGCGAUGACGGGCGGCGAGCAGUGCACGCCGAAGCUCGUCGACGACUUCCGGUCGCUCCGCCUCCCCGGCCUGCGCCUGUGGAACUGCUACGGGCCGUCCGAGGUCACCGUGGGCAGCAACCAGGCCGAGAUCCCCCUGUCGGAGCCGCCGCAGGCCCCCGUGACGGUCGGCAAGGCGAUGCCUAACCGCUCCGUCUACAUCCUGGACGACCGGCUGGAGCCCGUGUGCGCCGGCGCGCCGGGCGAGGUCGUCAUCGGCGGCGUCGGAGUCGGCCUGGGCUACCUCGGCAACGACCAUCUCACGGCCGAAAAGUUCGUGCCGGACCCGUUCGCGCCCGCCGGCGGAUCCGCCAAGAUGUACCGCACCGGCGACCGUGGCCGGCUGACUCGGGACGGAGAACUGGAAAUCCUGGGCCGCAUCGACGGCGACUCGCAGAUCAAGCUGCGCGGGAUCCGGAUCGAGAUGCAGGACGUCGAGCAGGCCAUCCUCCGCUCCGCCGACGGCGCCCUGGCGAGCGUCUGCGUCACCGCCCGCGGCGAACCGCCGACCCUCGUGGCCCACGCCGUGUUCCGGCCCGACGCCCCCGUGCCCCGACGGGACCGGGACGCCUUCCUCCGCCGCCUGGCGAGCUCGCUGCCCCUGCCGCAGUACAUGCAUCCGGCAGUCAUCGUGGAGAUCCCGUCCAUGCCGCUGAACCUGCACGGCAAGCUGGACAGGCGCGCGGUGCAGGAGCUGCCGACGCGCGUCGUCGCUGCAAAAGAGGAGGAGGAGGAGAAGCGGCCGAACGGCUCCUCCGCCGCCCCGUUGACCCAACAGGAGCUCCAGCUACGCAGCCGAGUCUGGGAACGCGUCAUACCCGAGGACGUCUUGUCGCUCUACACCGUCGACCGGGAUACCGACUUCUUCCACGUCGGGGGCAACUCGAUGCUGCUCGUCGAGGUACAGCGCCGCGUUAAGGACGAGUUCGGCGCGAACCUGACCAUCAUGCGCCUCUUCGAAAACAGCACGCUCGGGGCCAUGGCGGCCGCGGUUCACGACGCGGCCCUCGAGAGCGCCGGCGUCGAUGCCGCGAUCGACUGGGAGGACGAGACGGCCCUGACCAAGGACCUCGCCGACGCCGUUCCCUCCCCGGAGGAGCGGGCGGCGGCCGGGCGGCGCCGGCUUGAUAAUAACGGCCCCGGCGGCAAGGUGGUCGUCAUCCUGACGGGCGCGACCGGCUUCAUCGGCCGCGAGCUGCUGGCCCGGCUCCUCUCGUCUCCCGACGUCGCCGAGGUCCGCUGCAUCGCCGUCCGCGACCCGUCCAGGCUGGCCGACGUGGUCGAGUCGAACCCCGGCAGGGUGUCGGUGCACGCCGGCGACCUCACGUCCGUCGAGGAGACGGUCGGGGAGGAGGACGAGCAGCGGCUGUUCGCCGACGCGCACGCCGUCAUCCACUGCGGCGCCGACGUGUCCUUCCUCAAGACGUACGCGACGCUGCGCCGGGCCAACGUCGGCUCCACCAAGGCGCUGGCCCGCCUCGCCCUCCGCCACGGGCUCGACUUCCACUACGUCUCGACCGCCGCGACCGGCCGCCUGCUCCUCGUCGCCGACCCUUCUUCCUCCCCGACGGCGCGCGGCGACGUCUUUGGCGAGGAGUCCGUGGCCGCGUACCCGCCGCCCCCCGGCUGGCUCGACCACUACGUCGCGAGCAAGUGGGCGAGCGAAGCCUUCCUCGAGCGCGCCGCCGCCCGCCUCGGCCUCCGCGUCUGGGUUCACCGGCCCACCAGCGUCACGGGCCCCGGCGCCGGCGAGACGGACGUCAUGUCGACCGUCAUGCGCUUCGCCAAGAAGCUGCGCGCCGUGCCCGUCUCGUCCCGCUGGCGCGGCUCCCUCGACUUCGUGCCCGUCGAGACCGUCGCCGACGGCAUCGUCGGCGCCGUCAUCCGGGGGGGGCGCGAGCACCAGCAGCAGCAGCAGCAGCAGGAGACCACCCCCGAGGAGGCGGGGUCGGUCGUGCCCGUCAAGUUCCUACAUCACAGCGGCGGGCUCGUCAUCCCCAUCGAACGCCUGCAGAGCCACCUCGAGGAGGAGGACGGGGUCGAGUACCGGACGGUCCCGUUGGGCCAGUGGAUCGAGAUGGCCGUGGCCGAAGGCUUGAACGUGCUCGUAGCCGCAUACCUGGCCUCGGUUGAUGAGAUGGAUACGGACAUUGUCUUCCAGGCCUAUGUCAAGGGAUAA